GAGCUGUUGGCGUUCUUUCAAAAGAUGACUGAAAGUCGUUUUCCGACUGAUAAAAGAAUUGUUUACAUCUCUCCUAAAGAGCUUUCCAGUCUGCCAACAGAUGGACCGAUUUAUGUACUAUCAACUGCAGAAAACCCAGAACUCAACCAUUCAGCAAGUUGUAGUUCAACUGAACUUGGUGCAUCUAGCCAGGACUCAUCUUCGAUCACUUGUUCAACGUUUGGUUCGACUUCAACUUCAUCUACCAACAGUUCAAAUUAUUUUAAUAACACAUUGGUUCCAUAUUCAUUCCCUUAUCAUGCUAACAUUCCAUAUCCUACUCCUGUGGUUUCAACAAACUUAAUUAUUCCUUAUGGAUUCUGCCCUCCUUUUCAACUUCCACCUUUUGUCGGUUCACAACCAGUUUCAUGGGUAGCACCUGCUUUCCCAAACCACACUUUAUAUCCCCCAAGUACCAAUUUAUUCCCAGAAUCUGCUCAGUACAUUCAUCCCUACCAAAAUCUCCCUACUUUCCAACCGAAUGUCCCACCAAAUUCAUACUUUCAAACAUUCAAUCCGCACAAACCACCUCCGUCUUUCAGUUUACCUCAGGUAACUUCGAAGUCCAGCAACGCCGUUCUCAUUCAUAAUUCUGCUGCAGUUGUUACUAUUAAUAAUACCGUUACACGUGUCGCGAGUACUAUGAAUACCAACAAUACCAAACAUUCUUGUUCAUACAAUCGAUCAAACGAAGAAAAUGGAUUUUCAGAACCGAAUAACUCUAAAAGUGAAUCAACGUCAUCAAAACAAUCGCAUCCUCUACGAUAUACCAAACUGAUCUACGCUUCGGAACUUGAUUACUUUGCUUUUGACAGUAGUACUGGGUCGUAUGUAGCUACACGUCAACUUAUUGAUUUGGAAGAUCGGUUUGAAAAUGAGGUGAUCGCUCGACGUCAUCGCGCUACUUUGAAUGAUCCAGUAAGACAGCCUCCUGAACGUCCUGCAUUGUCGGAUACUGAGCAUCGACGUAAUUCCCGUGCUUCACAUCUUCAUCGUUCGAAAAAGUCGACCCACAAAUGUGAUACAGUGAAUUCAAUGUUUGACAAUAAUUCCGAUAAUGAUGAUGACUACUUGGCGGCUAUCGGUGAUAACGCAGAAACUUCAAAAGAUGCUUGUUUAUCGACUGAAUCUAGAAAUAAGAACUUAUCCAUCGAUCAUACAAAACAUUCAAAAUCAUCAUCAUCUAACUCUCAUCAUCAUUUACGUAAACAUAAAGUCAAUAAUUAUGAAUCUAUUUGUGCAUCUAAUAAUAGUAUUAAUAACACGAGUAAUGAUAGCAUUUUAAAUUCUGAUUAUCACACUGUCAGUGGCCAUUCCAUAGGUCAACGUAGUAUAAGACAACAACGUGAAGUCGCUUAUAAAAUUGAACAUCCUAAUCGUUUACAUCCUGAUAUUUGGCAUAAUGAAGCUAACGAGUUCAAUGAUGGUCCAGCUUGUUCUUGUAAACCGAAAUAUCGUAUUGGACCAUUACACAAUCAAUACGAAGGUGAACAGCCCAUUCCGCUAUGUAUUCCAGAAUCAAAUAAUCAUGAUCGUCUUUAUCAUUAUCGUGUGAUUAUAUCACCGACAACUAAUUUUGUUCAACCAAACCCAUCGAAAAUUACUCAUAAUGAACAUGAUUAUCUAUUUGAUGGUUUCUCACUGUUUAUGCAUUAUAAAUUAGAUAAGCCACCUCCAUGUCAAGUUCUACGUUUCAAUCUGUUAUAUGAUAUUUUCCCGAUUGAAGAGGAAUUCCCUCAGUAUUUUACUGUUCGUUCAUUAGAUCUACUCACACAAUAUGUCUUCAUUGAAUUACUGGAGUUGUUAGAUUUAAACUGGAAACCAUAUGGAGCAAAGGAGAGCUGUAAUGUGAUACAUUUAAUGCCAAGAUUUAUACGUAUUUUGUCAAAUACUGCUACUACUACCAAUGAUAAUUUUUCGAUUACAAAUACUGCCACUACUACUAACAAUAGUAUUUCAAUAGAUAACAGUAAAGAACAUAAUAUCGAGUCAAAUAAAUUAAUCGUUUGUAUCGAUGAUAGUAGUGAUAAUAAUACAGUAAUUGGGGAAUUACUACCCGUUCAUGUAAUAAUGCGACACUGGUUAAAAGAGGCACUGACUCCGGUAAUUAAUAUGAUGGAAUUAUCUUCAAUACAGCGUAUGACUACAAUUGAAUGGUCAAAUCAUAUCGCUAAUUUACGAGGCACAUUAGCUUGCUUUCCAGGCAAAAAACCAUCAACUAUACGCAUAGAUCAAUUAGAUCGUCAAUCUGUAACAGGUCAAUCAAACGAAACCAUAUUAAUUUAUCCACUCAUAGUACACAUGACUUAUACACCAAUGAAAUUAAGUUUAACGCGUGAACCAAAGUAUAAAUCUGUACUUAAAAAUUUUAUGAAAUUACAAUAUUUAAUGAUGAAUAAGCCAAGAAUUAGUACUUCUGAUCGUGUACAGUUAGUACAAUUAGCCAGUGAAUUAGAAGAGAUGGAACAUUCUGGGGUACAUCGACGUGAAGUUACUGUAGAGAUUAGUUGUGAAGGCUUUUAUCGAACUGGAAUACGACCAGAUAUACCACAAUAUGCAUUGAAUUUAGUCUCAUUAAUAGCUCACCUACGUUUUCAUAAAUCGUUGGAAAGUUUGGAGAAUCGUUUGGGAUAUACAUUUAACGAUAAGUCUUUACUACAUCAAUCCCUUACUCAUCCAUCAUAUCGGCGAACAAAUUUCGGUACAAAUCAAGAUCAUUUUCAAAAUUCAUUGGUUAGUUGCGGUCCACGUAUUUUAGAAUAUGGUGAUAAGCUAGAAUUAUAUAAGGCAUGGCGUAAAAAGGGUUUAACUAAAAUGAUACAAGUUAUGUCAUUUUUACCAAAAAUGAAUGAAGAACGAUCAAAUAUUUAUGGGAAUGAACGAUUGGAAUUUUUAGGUGAUGCAGUUGUUGAAGUUAUCUCCAGUAUCCACUUAUUCUUCAUGUUCCCUGAAUUAUCCGAAGGUCAUUUGGAUGCUUACCGUCAAGCCAUCGUUCAAAAUCAACAUUUAGCUGAAUUAGCUGUUCGUCUUGGCAUUCAUAAAUACUUGUUGUAUACUCAUAGUGUAGACUUUUGUUAUGAUUCUACAUUUAUCUACGCUCGAUCUGAUGCAUUUGAAGCUUUAAUGGCUGCAAUCACUUUAGACGCUGGACUUGAUAUUGUUGAUAGAAUAUUUGGUGCUGUUCUAUUUGGUGAUGAUGAAAGAAUUCAUCGUGUUUGGGUACAAAUCCCAUUGCAUCCAUUACAAUCACAAUGCCCUGAAGGUGAUCGAUCAUGGGCAACAAAAGUCCCUAUGCUAAAGAAAUUGUGUACAUUAGAAGAUACUUUGGGCAUAAAAUUUAAACACCUACGUGUUCUUGCUCGUGCUAUGACUAUACGGAAAACUGGUUUUAAUUUUUAUACAUUGGGAGAUAAUCAACGUUUAGAAUUUCUUGGUGAUUCUUUGUUAAAAUAUGUGUCAACAGAUUAUUUAUUUCGACAUUUUCCACGACAUCAUGAAGGACAUUUAUCACUGUUAAAAAAUUCACUAGUGAAUAAAUAUACACAGGCAUCUGUAUGCAGUGAGUUAGGCUUAGAAAAUUAUGUUAUACGUCGUGAAGAUAAUAGUAUGCAUAAAUACGAUUGCAAAAUUAAUAAUAACAAUGAUUCUACUAAUAAUAACAUAUCGAAACAUUCAAAUCCGUCUUGGAAUACUACUUAUAUAAGUAGUCAAAAUUCAAAUAUACUCAAAUCUAAACAAAAUAAAAAAGGUGGUCAAAAAGUUAUUAAUUCAGAUGGAAAUAAAAAUGGCAAUUGUAAUAAUCCACAAAAUCAAAAUGUAAAAUACAGAGCUGAUUUAUUGGAAGCAUUUAUUGGUGCAUUAUUUGUCGAUAAAGAUUUAACAUGGGUUGAACGUUUUUGUCAAAUAUGUUUUUGGCCACGUCUUGUUGAGUUUAUUUUAAAACAAGAAUGGAAUGAUGCCAAAUCAAAAUUACAACAAUGUUGUCUCACAUUUCGUUCAUUAAAUGAAGAUCCAGAAAUCGCACAUUAUAAAGUUUUAGAACAUAGUGGGCCAACUAACCAACGUGUUUAUCGUGUUGGUGUUUAUUUUCGUGGUCAACGAUUAGCAACUGGUGAAGGUCGGUCUGUUCAACAAGCUCAAAUGGAAGCAGCUAAAAAGGCAUUGGAAUUACAUCAAGAUACAUUUCGUCAAUUGGAUUUUCAACGUUCAGUUAUUUCAAAACGAUAUAAACAACCUUAUAUUAAUAAAAUAUUGGAUCAAGUACAAAAUUGGGAUGAACAAUUAGUGGAAUAUUUUAUUUCAGAUAAACCUACAUCUACAACAGUUAUGUCCACCUUGACUUCAAAUACUACUACGAAUAAUAAUAAUAAUAAUAAUAAUAAUAAUAAUAAUAAUAAUAAUAAUAAUAAUAAUAAUAAUAAUAAUAAUAAAAUUACUCCUAGAAAUAAUAGUGAAAACCAAACAAUGAAACGAUCAUUUCUAUCAAACCAUAACAAUGAUAUCAAUGGAGAAGAAUUAUUAUUGUAUAGAAGUACUAAACGUCGUUGUUUUGACAAAAACAUUCCUAAUCAAAAUGCAUGUACAAAUGAAAAAACAUCAUAUCUCUCCGCCGUAUCAUCAACAUCAAGAUAUGGCACUUCUCCUUCAAUAUAUCUAUCAUCACAGACGUCAACUUCAACUAAUAAUAAUGAGGAAGAUGAUAUUGCAAUGAUCGACAGUAAAACAGAACAACUGAACGCGGUGGAAGACAUAGAAAAAGGGAACGAAUUGUUUGUUGUAUUAAAUAACAAGGACAAUGAUGACGUCGAAGACAAUAUAAACGAAAAAGAUGAGGAGGAAGAAGGCGAGAUUGUAGAAGACGAUGAUGAUGAUGAUUUUUGUGAUGAUUCUAGUAAUGAUAUUCUGAAUGAGAGACAUUAUAAAUAUAAAUUACUUUUAAAAUGAAAAAAAAGACAAAACAUUGGAACACUGUGUAUCUUAAUCGUUGUAAAUACUACUAUUAAUAAAAGUAAUAAUGACAGAUGCCAACCCUGACUAAGUAGUCGAAUGCAUUUUACUCUCUUUUCAUUUGUUCCGCCUUUUCUUUUCGUAAAGUCAACGAAUUAUGCGAAUUUUUCUUCUUGCUUAACUUAGAAAAAUUCAUUUCUUAUUGACGGAAGAAAGUGGUUGAACUACUGUUUUAUAUUUUUACGAACUUAAUUAUAUUACGCAAUUUUGAAUUGUAGUUAUAUAUAUAUAUAUAUAUAUAUAUAUCGCUGUGAAGGAAUUUGUCAUUCUUAAAAUACAUUCAUAAUCUUGAUAUACAAAUAGUGCAGUUUCAUAAGUGAUUGUUUAAUAGUAAUUGAAAUGUGUUGGGGACGAUAUAUCCCGAAAACUCAUAGUUUGUAACUUCGUCUUUGUG